UUUGAUAUUUAGAAUAUUUUUGUUGUACGUUGUUGGGUUUCUCUAUUUGAUAUUCUUGGCUUUUAACUGAUUGACAGUGGGUUCGGUUCCUUCUUCCAUUAUUUUAGUUUAAUUCGAUUUGGUAUCUUCAGUUUGGGAAGAUUGAAAAAUGGAUGGUUGUUGGAUGGGUACAUGAAAUCUGAAAUGGGUUUCUAAUUUUUUUUUUUCCUGAUUGGGGUAGGGUUCAGAUUCUCGUACUAAAGAUGUGAAUUUUGGUGUUUGCUGAUCAAAGCAAAUUUAAAUGGUGCACAGACAACAGAUGUUUGAGUUUAUGGUUCCUUGUUUGGUUUAUUUAUACAGGAAUUAAAAUUCACCUCAAGUUCAGUCAAAUAGUUGAAUUAAGCUGAAUUUAAUAGAGACUUGUAUUUGAUUGGGUCCCACAAAUGUGAAUUGCAUAGUGUUUUGGGGAGAGUAAUCCGAUCAUGACUUUUAUUUGGUUGCUGAGAAAUUUCAAGAAAACUGAAACAGAGUUCAAACCUCGACUCUGGGUUCAUUUUACUCUUUUAGUUCUUAUCUUUAGUUUUUCAGAAUUCUUGAUUCUUCACUAUUCCCACAAAUUAUCAGGAGACACAGUCACAUAAUCCUUCAAAUGCCUUGAGGAUACAAUUACUGCCUCCAAUUUUUUUUGUCGGUGCCCUAUUAUGAUGAGUGCUUUGUUUAAGAUUAUUCUAGCAUGUUGUCAGGCUUAGUUUAGUUGAAUCUAAAAUACCUGGUGUUUAUAGUUUGGGGUUAAGUGAAUUUACAAACAUGCUUUUUGGUUCAAAAAGUCUUACUAGCACUGAUUCGCUGAAGCCUUACAGAUAUUUUUCCAUGGUUUUAUGGAUUUUGACAUGGUGUAUGUAUAUUUUAGUUGAAUAUGAUUUCUUAUAAUGUGACUGGAGACUUGGGUUUUCCCUUGCUAAGAUGGAUUUUCUAUAAGGCAUUGUUGAUUUUGGAUGGGAUCGCUAUUGAUGUACCAGUUUCUCAAGGGAAUGGAAGGCCAACAAUCAGCCAUUUUUUAGGACACAUUGAUGUACCCACUUCCAAUGGGCCUUCUUUUGAAAGAUAGAAAACGCAAUGCCCUGGAAGGAGAAAGGGAAGCAGUAGAUAGAACUGUGAGAACAUGUACAGAUAGUAUUUGUUGGUGGACCACUUGAAUUGAUGAUGGAUAAAUUGAGAUCCUAUAUAUAAUACCAUGGGCUUGAAAAAUUGGGGUGGUUUCUUGAGGUCUUUAUGACCGUAGUGGACUUAGUGUUUCUAUGCAAAUCUACCAUUCCCAGGCAGGCUUGGAGGAUCUGGCUAAAGAAUAUGCUACUGCAAAAUUUGAUUCCGUAAGAAAAGCAUUUUCGGCUCAACUUGCUGUUGACUCAAGAAAGGGCUAUGGUGGGGGAAGUGAUCAUUCGAAACAAACACAUGAGGAGACCAACAAGAAGAAGAACAAGGAGCACAAAAAAAACAAAGGAUUUAAAGGCUAUUGUUGCUGAUGAGUUUAUCGUUUGGCACGAGAUGGCAGCACAAGUCUUCUCUCCAGUUUUAUGUGAUGGAGAUCAUCCAGAUUUUGAAAAUGUGAUAUAUGUAUGCCACUAUGCCUUGCAACAAGAGGAAGAGGAAUUCAGAGGUAGGAUUGAACUCAAAGUUGAGUGGGAAAAUUUGAACGAACUCUGUAGUAUCAGAGACAAAUUGAAGAGAAAGCCAAACGGAAGCACCUUUCUCGGAAGCAUAGCGACGAUGAUGAAGACGUACACACGAAAUUGGAGUAUGGUGGUCUUCUGUGCAAACUUGAGGGCUUACUUGAAUCACCACUUGAAAAUGAAUGGUUGAAAAUUCUCUGCAGGGCAACUUUGGGCUUUAUGGUUGGAAACUUCAGGUAGUUGUUUUUAUCUUUUGGGAUUCACUUCCUUUCAAUGAAUUUUUCUUUGUACUUAUCACAGAGUAGUAGCAUUCAUUUAGGGGAAGGGUGGCUGCUUUUGAAGAACCUACGGAGUGCCCAAAUGUUUUUAGGGUUGCUUCUAAAGAUGCAGCAUCUUUCACGAGUUCCUACAGCAUUCAGACAUGUAUUGAGAAUAGAUUGAAUAAUACUGAGUUCUGGUGUUUGUUAACGGAAAGUAUGAUUCACCUCUAGCUAUGAGUAAUGGAAACCUAUUGUCUUUUGGUAUGACUCUUCUGAUGAUGUACUUAGAGUCAUUGGCUUUAAAUUUUGAGUUGAUUUCAUCGGAUAUAUUGAUGAGAUUGAAAAAUAUUCACAGUGGGUCUUUCUAAUUGCUCUAAAUUGUGAUAUCUGUCAAAUGCAUUAACUUUGACUACGGAUAGAAUUGAGGCUACAUUAUUUUAAAGGUUAUGCUCGUUGUUCAGGUUUAGACAUCACCAACAGACUCUUUGAAGCUCAUUUUCUUCUAUGCCUGUAGUCAGAAAUAUACCUCAUACAGUCAUACUGUUUAAAAGGAAAUGAGAAACCAAAUGCAGUUCAAAUCUUCAAUACAGAUGUUCACAAAUAGAUAAGUAUGUGACCUGUGUUUUUAUAUUUUUAAUGGGAGGUAAAAUUCAUGAAACUUGAUUGUAUGUUUCACCAUUGGAUUUUGCUGUGCCAUUACCUGUACUUUUCAUUGCAAUAUUGUAUUCAUUUCAAAUUUGAGUUUCUUAAUCUUGAUACUUAGAUUUGCACAGGGGUCUUUGAUGAUGCAUUAGUAGACAGUGAAAUUGAGAGGAUGGCUCGAGAAAUCCGAUGAGGAUCAAAACAAACAAUUGGUGGAAUAUCUUUUUGCAGAUUUUUCAACCCUUUAUCCGGAAGAAAAAGAAGGAACAUGAGGAACUCAUAUCAGAACAAGGAAACCAACAACUGGAAAGAAAUCCAACAAACUAUCUUAUCCCUUGUCCUGAAUUAAGCCUAAUUUCGACUUAUGUCUGUAAUAUACUGUACUUCAAAUGUAUGACAACAAACUUUAAAACUUUCUGUGUUUGUAAUAUGUCAAAGUUCAACUCGUAAACAAUGUAAAUGCAUGUUGGUUACAACAGUGUCAUAUUUGUCACAGGCCUCAUGCAAGAUGAGCAAACAAUCCAAAACAAUUUACAGUAUAGAAUUUCUGUUAUUGAAUCAACGGGUAUGACCAAUCGUGCGUAGCACGUAGUUAUGCC